GAGUUGAGGAUCUUGCAAAUAUAAAACACACAUACACAAAGUGAAGAGGGAGAAGAAGAAGAAGAAGAAAAAAAAUGGAUUCAUCUUCAUUAACAUGUAAAAAGCUAACAGUAAUUGCUGUAUUAGCAGUUUUGAUUCAAGUAUUUGGGCUUGCUCUCUUUGUUCUUGGUUUCUUCCCUGUUAAACCAGCACUCUCUGGAUUCAGUGGAGUGGAGAGUUUUUAUCCGCCUGGAGCAGAUUCAGCUGAGUUUCAGAAUACCACCAAUUUAUCAGAUAGUCAGCUCAAAUAUUUGUACCAGGAAUUGUCUUUGGUGCCUCCUUUAUUUGACCGGUUAAUACUCAUGGUUAUUGAUGGUCUUCCAGCUGAAUUCGUGCUUGGGAAAGAUGGUGAACCUCCACCGAAGUCUUUCCAGGAAGCUAUGCCAUAUACUCAAUCCUUAUUGAGUAAGGGGAGGGCAAUUGGGUAUCAUGCAAAAGCUGCACCUCCUACUGUCACAAUGCCUCGCUUGAAGGCAAUGGUUUCUGGUGCUGUUGGGGGAUUUUUGGAUGUUGCCUUCAAUUUCAACACACAAGCUCUGUUGGACGACAACAUAAUUGUUCAAUUCCUAAAAGUUGGUUGGAAACUUGUGAUGCAUGGUGACGAAACAUGGCUUAAGUUGUUUCCUGGAAUGUUUUCGAGGCAUGAUGGAGUUAGCAGUUUCUUUGUUAAAGACACUGUCCAAGUAGAUCAAAAUGUAUCUCGACAUUUGGUUGAUGAACUUAGUCACGCUGACUGGAGUCUUCUGACUCUUCAUUAUCUUGGCUUGGAUCAUGUUGGACAUCUUGGUGGGCGCAAUAGUGUGCUGAUGGCCCCCAAACUCAGAGAGAUGGAUGAAGUGAUCAAGAUGAUCGACCUAAAUUCUUUACCAACCAACAAUAAUGAUCAAGGACGGACACUCUUGUUGGUAGUAAGUGACCAUGGAAUGACUGAAAAUGGAAAUCAUGGAGGAUCAUCAUUUGAGGAAACUGACUCUUUGGCACUUUUUAUUGGUCCUACAAAUUUCGGAAGUACAUCAGGCACCCCUAAUAAAGCCAACCAGGUGGACCUUGCUUCAACAUUAGCUCUUCUUUUUGGUGUUCCGAUACCAAAGAACAAUGUUGGCAUGUUGAUGCCAGAAACUUUCAAAUCAUUAACAGUUGACCAACAACUCAGGUUAUUGGAGUUGAAUUCCUGGCAAUUGCUUAGGCUCCUUGAAGCGCAAUUACCUGGUUUAGUAUGUGAAAACUUUUCAUGCGACAACUUCAGGGAUGAUGGAUCUGAGAGGACAAGAGGUUACAGUAGUCUGGAAGAGACCUUUUGUUGUUUGUAUAUGAAGGCUGCAGAUCUUCACAGAUCUUGGAAGUCUGGGGAAGAGAAAAGAUCUGCUAGUGGGGACAAUUGUCACAGCAUUCUUAUGGCAUAUCAUAAUUUCUUAAGAACUGCAAGUGAGUGGCUAUCUCAUAGAGCAACUGACAAACCUGUUGGCCGACUUAUAUUUGGAGUAGCUGCUAUGCUCGUUUCAUGUUUGAUACUGCUGAGCCUUCUGUUUCUUCUAGGAAAGCAAGUUUUCUCUGAGCAGAAUCAGCAGUUUUCUAGUGCCAAUAAUGACCUGAGCUGGUGGCAUUUGGAUGAAGUUUUUAUUCUUGUGGUAAUUGUUAUUGUUGUCAUAAGCAUGGGAUCCAGUUCUCUGGUGGAGGAAGAGCAAUACAUAUGGCAUUUUAUGACAUCCUCGCUUUAUUUGUUAUCUCUCCGGAAAGUAAUGCAGCAUAUUGUAACAAGGACAGAGCGAAAUACAAGUGCUACUUUGGGACCGAAAACAAAUAAUUACAUCCAGAUUUGCUCAAUUUUUGUGAUUCUCAUUUCUGGGAGAUUUUUGAGAGGAUGGCAUCAAGGUGGUGUUAAUUGGACUAAUCUUCCUGACAUUUCAAAAUGGUUAGAGCACGCGGGAAGCGCUUAUAUAAAGUUGUUCCAGCUGGUUUCAGUGAUCAUCCUAAUCAAUAUAAGCUUAGUUUCUCUUAUGUGGUCCAGACGGUCAAAAAAGAACUUUAUGACCGUAGUUUCCUUGAUGCACUUGUUCCCAGGGUGGCUGGUUUUACAUUAUAUUACUAAAUAUCAAGAUGUUGCAUUCAGUACAGGUAGUUAUGAUGCUACUUUAAUGGCUCAGGUAAUUUAUGUUGUCCUAGGUUUCUGUUCAACGACUAUUGUUGUUGCUGUGCCAUGGUGUAUACCUUUCCAAAAUCGUACGCUUUCUGUUCCUGAAGUACAAAGAAAGGCUUGGGGUUUAUGUUUUAGGGAUUCUGCAUAUGUGAUUGGCUUGAGUUACGUAUAUUAUUGGUCGCUUUUACAGCUAUUGUUGCAGCAGCCCGUAAACUCAAUGCCUGUACUAUUUCUCUUCCUGCAAGUACUAGCUAGCAUUUGGUUUUCUUCUGGUUCCAACCAGCAUCGCAGGCAGUGGGUUGAGGUUGCUGCACUUUACUACAUGGGAAUGGCAGGCCAUUUUGGUCUUGGUAACACCAACACCCUAGCUACAAUUGAUGUUGCUGGGGCUUUUAUUGGUGUGUUGAACCACUCAACUAUACUUUCUGGUGUCUUAAUGUUCAUUAUUACGUACGCUUCACCAAUGUUAUACCUCCUUAGUAUGGUGAUGUACAAUUCUGUGAAGGACACCAGUAGUUUCAUAAUUUCCGAGAAAGGCAACAUUGGAUCGUUGCUCAAGAGGACACUUGGUUUUCCUUGUCUGGUUCCGUUGGGUUUGAAUUCCAUUCUUUUGAUAGCUUACACAAUUGUGUUGCUGCUAAUGCGGAAUCAUUUAUUUGUUUGGAGUGUAUUUUCUCCCAAGUUCUUGUACGUUUGUGCUACGACUGUUUGUGUUUGCGUUGGUGUAUCUAUUGUAGCUUCAACCAUGAUCUAUAUCAGCUUGGUCUCGACUUACCGAGAGAAGUUGCACACUCAUACUGACUAGUCUCAAGAAAGAGUACGACAUAUAUACAACUAACCCGAUUCAAGCGUUCUGUUCUCCAUCGACAGGUAUGCCAGUUGCUUUAGCCAUUAAGGUGAUCUAAACAUUCCGGGGAAGUUGUGCAUUAGAAGGAAGCAUACUACGCGAAAGCCUUCCACACUUGAACCAACACAUUUUUGACAGGAAAACUUACAUCAUUGAAGGUAAACGAUUCAUUUUUUCUGUUCAGUAGCCAAAUGGUUGAUCUGGGAAAAACCGAUAACGUUGAACUGUAGAUUUUCGCGAUUUUCGUUUAGGUUAGAAUGAGUUAUGCCAUUUUCAGUGUAAUGUCUCUGCUAGUUUGAUCUGUCAAAGCAUACCUUCUAGUCUUGAGAGGCUUUUUGUAUAUUGUUGUGUUCUUAUUUUUGGCCCUUUUAUCAACUUGGAUACAUAAUGUAUCUUAGGACUACAGAAAGUGAUGAUAUGAAUAACAACAACAUAC